CACUCUAGAAGCUUGUGGCAGGAAUAGCAUCAUCUUCUCCCUGGGCUACCUACCCUCAGUGGACACAACUUUCAGCCUCUGCGGUGUCUGCCAACACCCAACACUGCGGGGGACGCCCGGCUCCGAGCCCCUGGGCUGGAGGUCCCGGCCACUGUGUCUGGGGACAGAGCGACUUUCGUGGUCUGAGCAUGACAGAGCAUCCACGGUGCCCGAGGACGUCUCUCUCAGGGAGGAGAGCCAGGUCUCUGGACAGGUCACAGAAUCCCCGGAAGGACUCGGAGUCGUGCGACUGCCACUGCCUUUCCCUACUCACGCCCCCCUCCAGGAGGGCGCUUCAGGGGACAGCCAGUGAUGGGACCAGAUGCCCCAAGAGCCCAGCUCAGUCAGCAGAGGCUCAGGGCACCACAGCCGCAGCCCUAAGCCUGGAGGGGCCCAGGGAGUUUCUCCCCAGCGAGCGCAGACCUCCACCGGACACCAAGAAGGACAAGGCCCAGAGGCGGGCCCAGCAGGGCUGGCUGAAGACUGUGCUGAACUUCGUCCUCAGGGUGGGCCCUGAGGAGCCUGAAGAAAAGGGCAGCAGGAGGGCGAAGGGGAAGGAGGGUUUCCCCCAGCCUGCAGAAACCCCCGAGUCACCGGGACAGCCAGCUUCCAGGAAAAAAGCCCACGACAAGAAGGAUACCUGCAGGAAACACAGUCACAAGAAACAAUGUGCCGACAAAUCCCAGAGGGCCCAAGAUCAGGAGGCUGAAGGUCAAGGGGCAGGGCUGCUCAGGAUGGCUGCUGCCUCACUCUCCGUGCAGGCGCACCUGGGCCCAGCACCCUCGGGGGGGGAGGAUUCUGCUCUCCAGCAGUCCUUGCUCACCGAAGGAGGGGGUGUUGGAGUCCUGGAGGGUUCUUCCCAAGCCCCAGGUGACCAGUGGGAAGGGGAGCUCAAAAACCUUGACGAGGAUACUAUACUCCAGAUGAUAGUGGGAUUGCUCCAGAAAGUGGGAGACCAGUGGGAAGAAGAGCUUCAAGCCCUUCUGCCACAGGGACUAAAGCUGGCUCCACAAAACCCGGCACCAGCCUACAGGAAGAAAUCCCAAGAUAAAAAGUCUAGUCUCAAGAGGACAUUUUCUUAUAAGAAACAUAGCUCCGAGGAGCCCAAGAGAGCAGGGGCUACAGAUGUUUCCAGCCCGAAGUCCCGGCCACCCAAGAGACCCAGCUUCCUGCCCCUAUGUGUUGGGGGCCAUCGCCCCUCCAUCUCUAGCAGCCCUGGUGCAGAGGAACCUGAAGUCCAAGAGGCCCUUUCUACAGAUGGUGGGGGUCCAAGUCCCUCUGAGCUUUCUUCCCAAGCAGGAAGUCGGGGACAGGAAGAGGACUUGCAGCUGGACAGAGCCUCAGAAUUCAAAGAAUUCAUCGAGACAAUCAUCACCCUACUCCAAGAUGCCGAGGAGCAGGAGGGAGACAAGCAAUUUCAAGUCCAGGAGCCAGAAGUGGCUGUAGAAAACCUGGCUCCAGCGUACAGGAAGAAAUCCCACGAGAAAAAGCCCAGCUUCAGAAAAGCUUUUUCGCUUAAGAAAUAUGGUUCGAAAGAGCCCAAGAGAGCAGGGGCAGCAGAUGCCACCAGCCCGGAAGCCCGGCCACUCAAGAAGCCCAACUUUCGGCCCCUGUGUGUCGGGGGCCAUCGGUCCUCCAUCUCACCUCCUGAUCUGGACAGCCCAGAGUUCCAGGGGUCCUUGCCGGCAGAAGGGGAACUGGCUGGAUCCUCAGAAGCACCCUCCCAGGCCAGGAGCCACAAGCCAGAAGGGCGACCUCAGGCAGGAGGAGCGUGUGAAUCUAAGGAGCCAAUCAUCCAGAGGCUGGUGGCCCUUCUGCAAGAAGUAGACGGCCAGGUGGGAGAGCAGAUCAGGCGGCACCCCAGCUUUAAGAGGUUUUUCUACAAGCUCUCAGACUCUUCCCUCAGAAAGCUGGCAGCCACCCUGUGCAGCCCGGAGGCCCACUCCACUGAACCGCACAGAAGCUCUGCUGAGAGACGCUACCAGUUUGCCUUUGAGCUGGCUAACAAAUUCGCAGGCAGCAACAGGCACGCCGUCCUCAGCCUCAUGGGACGCCGCUACAGCCGCCGCAGUUACUCCCAGUUCCCCUACGGAGAAGCCCAGCCGAACAUCACAAGUCAUAAUAGCCAAAGUCCAGAUUAAAAGCUGCACUUUGCACUCAAGUUUCCUUGAAUAAGUCAAACAAUUGGCAACUUUAACCAGAAGACCCUGAGGAUGCUUCAUGAUGUCUCAAUCCAGUGCUUCACAGACAAGACUGAAGAGUGGACGGCCAUCUGCAUCCAUGCACCAUUGUGGCUUUAUUGAGACUGAGAUGCACAAAACAUUCUUCCACAAAGCUGGAGGCAGAGGCUGUAUUGGGGGCAAUAAGCACUGGACUGGGAGUUUGGAGAGGAGGGUUUACCCACUGACCUGCCCCAAAGUUGUGACAAGACCCUCUACAUGUCCCCUCACCUCUCCAGACCUUGGAUUCUGGGCUAGACUAGGUGGCCCAUUGGAUUCUUUCUGACUCCCUUAUGCUGAAAUACCUAAAGAGAGGUAGUGAGCGUUUUCAUGCUGUGGCUCCAUACACCCCACUGAGCUGGAUUCUUAAAGUACUUACACAGGGAGGGAGGGAGGAAGGAAGGAAGGGGAAGGGAAGGGAAGGGAAGCACUGAGAUCCAGGCAGUUCUGCCUGGCAUUCCCUGGGAGGCCUUGGGCCUCAACUGGAAUUAUGUAACCAGUGGUUCUAAGUUUGGAGUUAGGGAAGAAAUGGGGGAGCUACCUCAACAGGCACUGGGCCUGAGCAUUGAACCCAGCCAGAGUUAAGGUCUUUGCAAUCUGGGGCCAAACCUAGUGCUAUGUGCCUCUUUUUUUAAAUCAUGUGUUUCCUUGAUUCACAGAGGCUAAAAUAUGCCCACUGUUGUAUAGAAGACCUGCUGAUAUUUUUUAGAUGUUAGCUUUAAACAAGUCUUAGUUCUGAAAAUAAAUUUUUAUUUGCUCUCUCACCUGAAUAUCCACAUGCACUUUAAACAGAGGUGCCCCCAUGCACAACACAUACUUCAUUCAGUUGACUAACAGAGCUUGUCCAUGUGGAUUUGUACAGACCUCCCAGGAACUCUGUAGGCCCCAGAGAGGGGAAACCUAUGGACUGGGGAUUCUUGGUUUCUCAGAAUCCUUCCAACCUUGUAUUCUAUGAUUCUAUGGCCAGAGAAACAAAGCUGAUGUCUUGCACCUCUCCCAUCUCAUAGGCACAUGGCAAGAGUCAGUGAGAAAAUGAAUGUGAAGAGUUUUGAAAAUUACACUGUCUAUACAUGUCAUUAUUCGUACUAUAGCUAUAAUUUGGGUAGUUUUCAGGACGUUGGGGAGGGCUUUAAGCUGGAUCACCAUGGAUGACUGCACAGGUAUGCACUGCUCAAGAGGACCAUACCCCAGGAAGUGCUAUUCACUUCCUAGACAUUGUAGAUUUGUAGAUUUAUGAUAAUUUCUCAGCUGACAGCAGUCAAGUUUCUUGAAAAAGAGAGAGGGUCCUUUUUGUUUUUGCACAGAGGUGAAGUGUGGACUGCUAGACACCCCUCUUCUAUACAGCUGAACAGUUUAAACAGCUUGGCUCAGAUGGACAAUUUGCCACAUGUUUAUUAUCUAUAUGGGCUACGAACAUGCCCUUGGACAUUGCCUGGAACACAAAGUCAGAGAGGAGAGGGUGUUAAAACUCAUUCUUGUCACCCUUGGUAGACACUGUAUUGCUGUGCUGAACCUGUGGGAGCUCCAUGGGGAAGGGGAGAAAUCAAGGGCAAAGAGGCCUUGGGCACUUAGUUGGGACUGAUCCCAAAACUAAGGCAAGGCUUUAGGAAGUUCAACACAGCAUACACUGAACAUUAUUAAACUUUAUUGCUGCUUCUUAGAAAUGGAGGUGAGGUGAGCUGUUUAUGGAUUUCUUUCAGGGAGUGUUCAGGAACCACACCACCAAAAUGUGAAGGAUCAGAAUAAGUGUUGAAAUGAGGGUCAGGAACCUUCUGUGUGUAGUUUCUUAUUUGGAAUGAUAUUUUUUUAGCUUUAUGAGUAUUUGGUAUGAGUUCCUGAUGCUGGCGUCUGAGUCUCAUUUUUGUACAGUGUUAUUUGAGCAAAUAAAGAAAUUGA